UCUUUUAUAAAGAAAAUGAGAUUUAAACCUCUUUUCAUCUUCUUGAUCUUGACGUUACUUACCACCUCUUCGGCUCAACAAACUGCCACCAGUACAAAUACUACUUCUGCUAUUAUUUCACAAUAUGGCAACAGUUUCAAAAAUCAAGGUGGCAGUAUUCUUCACGACAAAGUAAAUGUCUAUAUCAUCUUUUACGGUAAUUGGUCUUCUACUCAACUUCAACAAGAUCAACAGACAUUUAUGAAAUUUGUUGACACCAUCUCUCUCUCACCUUGGUUUAAGACUUUGAAUCAAUACUCUGACAGUAAUGGUAAAUCAGUUACUGGACCACUUAAUUUAGCAGCGGCUGUCAAUGAUGCUGGCAGUCAUUCACUCAAUUUGACCAAUUCAGUUCACAAACAAAUUGUACUUGAUGCUGUCAAUUCAGGCUAUCUUUCACCUGUCAAUCGUCUUGAUAGUGAAGGCAUUUACAUCAUUAUGGGUGGUCCUGAUGUGAAUGACUCUGAAUUCUGUUCAGUCAAUUGUGGUUACAAUGGAUACAGUGAUGAGUUUCAAUACAUGUUUAUUGGCUAUCCAGGUGUUUGCCCUAAUACUUGUAUUCCUACCAUUAACAAGUCUCAAUCACCCAACAACUCCCCAGCUAUCGAUGCAGCCAUCACUAUCUUUUCUCAUGAAAUUCAAGAUAUCUUGACAGAUCCUCGAAACAAUGCUUGGGAAAUCCAGACAAGUAACAUUACGAUUGAAUUAGGUGACUUUUGUUCAAGCCAAGGCACAAGUCAAGAGCAGUUUGGUAACUACACCACGUCUUCAAGUGGUAGUUACAACCUUGAAUUGAGUGACAGCAAAUACUUGGUUCAAACCAUUUUCGAUAAAGUAAACCAAAAAUGUACUCUAGGUUAAUAUGCACCCUAUUUUUUUUUUUUUACUAUACCAAUCUUUGCAUAUUAAAGUACAUUUAAAAUUAAUCGAUCAGAGC